AAAAGUUAUCUAAAAAUGGUCGCUGACAGAAUCGACCAAUGUUCAUCGGACUGCAGAAAAUUCUCCUUCGAGGAACUGGCCGUUUCGGUUUUAGAGGAAGAGAACUGCGUUUCGUUAAUAACCUGGGCUGCUGGCAUCGCUAGUCUGAAGAAGUUCAAUGCCAAAAGUUGUCGUCUGGCUAUGGCGUUCGAGUCAACUUCGUGGAAGCCCAUGUUCUUGGCCGUUCCCAAAUCGAGUCCCUACAAAGAAGAAAUCAACCGAGCGUCAUUCAUGUUCUUUGACACUGGACUGCGGGACUAUUGGUUAAAAGCGUAUGCAAAACCGCCCGCACAGUGUCGACUGGACUACAACAGCAAAGGCGUUGCGAUCAAAAGAUUCGGCCAUCAAAUUAAACUGGAACAUUUUCACCUACCAUUCCUGAUUCUUUUUGGUGGCUAUUUGCUAGCAUUCAUUCAAUUUUUUCGUGAAAAAUUAACCUGCCCACUUCGACGAAGAGGGACUGUAGCUCCAGUGUAGCUCAGAAAUGUUUAGACUUCUGCUAAUAGUCGUCUAUUAAAAUUUACAUUUUAAUCCAAGCCGAAUAGUUCCUAAAAGGCCAAUAGUGCUCUGGAAAGUUAUUUUUUACCUAUACUGAUGAAUGCCCUAUGUGUGUUGAUGAAUUUUAAAAAAUUACAAUUCUCAUAUAUUGACAUGUUCACAAUAAGAUGUUGGCUUGUGGUAGA